AUGGUUUAUUCACUUUGAGAUGCCCACAAAAUGAAAUUAUGGUUCGCCUACUACAGUGAGCUGGCAGUAUUUUUCUUCUCUAGAAGUCAAUCUAGGUCAAGGCGACAUCAGUGUGCACAAGUGAGGUUUUCAUCCUCCUUGUCUUUAUUAGAAGCUUCAGUAUUGAGCGGCUGGGCUAUGUUUUUUGCAGCCCUGCUUUGGAUGAAUUAA